UUAGCAUUAUUGGUGUAUCUACAAAAACUGAACCUCUUUAUUUGCUAACAAAUUCAAUGGAAUUAGACUUCAAAACUAUAAAAGGCUAUGAACCUGCAGAUAUCAAUACUUUAAAAAAUAACAUUAUUAAAAAUCUAAAAGACCUAGUUAGUUUGGUAUCCGUUAGUACAAUAACCGAUGAGGAUGGUUUGCAGACCUUACAAAAAAAUAUAUCUUAAGCUAAAAAUACUUUUUUAAGUCUGGCAACUAAAAAGCAAAAUGAUUUACAUUUAAAAAAUAAUUUUCCUUCAAACAAAUUAAUUGCUAAGCAUUCACCAUUUUAUUUAACCAAAAAAAAGAGGAAAGUUUCACAGAUUAGACUUGCAAAACCCUCCUCUGAUGAAAUAAAUAGCUUAUCAGAUUUCUCUAAUUGGACUAUGAAAAUUAAAGAAUCUCAAAUUAAUUCAAAAAGUAAGUUGAACAAAGUAAAACAUGGCAAAACAUCAGAUAGUGUUAAAGAAACAAAAAUUUUAUCAUCAGACCAAAGAACAGUUUUAAAUUACUUUGGGUACAGAAAAUCCCAGACAUGUCAUUUGUUGACUGAAAAAGAUCUGCACUUAGAAGAUAAUUAUCCAUGUCCAGAAUUAGUUAACCAUAAUAUUGCAAUUGUUCAAAAUCUAAUUCAUCCAGAUGUAUUAAAAAAAAUUAUAAAAAAGGUAAUUGUAGUAAAGCAAAGUGAAAGAACAGAAGGUGCCAGUACUUGUGAAGACUCAAAUAGUAAAUAUAUUACUCUUUUGGUUAACUUUAUAACUUGUAACUGUUAUGAUCAUGUAACCUUUAACAAUAAAGAAGUCCAUGAUUCAUGA